ACUAUUUAUAUUCAAGUUCAUUCAUGUACGUACGUACAGCAGCUCGAUCUUAGUUGCCCUCUGUUCUCCGUUGGUCGCUAUUAAUUUAACUCCAACGUACAGUUAAUGGUAACUCAUUUUGAUUCAUGAUUUUGUAUAUGCUAUUUAUCAAUCUGGCCGUGUAAUUUAAUUAUUAUUCAGAGUGGAAAUAUGCAUGUUAACUACGACAGAGUCUUGAGGAAUCCAAGAAAACCGUUGUUUCAGUCGGGCCGUUUGGAGAAAAUAAGCGAGUAAUACCCUUUGAUGAUGGAGUACACUCAGCAGUGAAAGGUUUGGAGAUGGUCCAUUUGAAAGGUGAAAGGGGACAUAUUCAAAACGUCCGGUUUGAAUAUGAAGACGACGGAAUCUCAGUUUGGGGAGACAAGCAUGGUACAAAUAUCAUUUUGGAUGUCUUAAUAUGGCAGGGCUCGCAACCGACGGCGACAUGAGAAGGGAAUGCAUUAGGUUCAAUUAUCCAGACGAAUUUUUGACUUCAGUUGAUGGAAAUUAUGAAGCAAACUUGUCGGGGUCCUGGCUAUCCUCACUUACUUUUAACACUAACAGAAAAACUUACGGACCCUUUGGAUCGACUCCAAAUCGCAAUCGGAGAAGCUAUUUCUCAAUUCAUGUGCCUGGAAGUAAGAUUGUUGGUUUUCAUGGCAGAUCACACAGGUGGUGGAGUACCAAUUUUGACAUAGGAGCAUACCUAAAGCCUAUUGAUCAACAAAGUGAAUAUGCAACUUCAACAGCACUGAGCCUCCACAUCAACCUGGAUAUCCUUCUCAAACAAAGCUCAAUAAAGAUGAUAGACCUCAAAACCAGAAACAUUACGCAGUUUCAAAUAUUCGAGUUAGCAGAAAUGAGGGAGACCGCAACGGAGCUUUCUAUUUGGGCGACAAGUAUAAAUAUACGAACUAUUAUAUCGAAAAAGCAGACAUAGCGCACAAAUAAUUAAUCUGAAUCAAUCAAGAGUCGUGGAUCAAAUAAGGUAAGGGGUUAGAUAAAGAUCUCAGUUAUGUCUUCUAGCUAGAGAGACCCUCCCUUCGUGCAUAUAUGUGUGUGUGAGAGAGAGAUUUAUAUAUUUGU